AUGGUCCAAAUGUACACCAUCGCCGGUCGCCAAUUCGGCUCCCACGUGCUCGCUAUGAUCACCCUCGGUGCGCUCUUUGGAGGAACCGCUUUGUCAAUGGGAGGAUCGACCGCAAAGAAGACUCAAGGACCACCGAUCAACGCUUCGAGUCCUGACGAGGAGAGCUUCAUCAAGGAUUUCCUGAAGAAUGCAGAGGCGGAUGAGAAGAAGGAUACCAAGAAGGCGGGUGCUCACUAG